AUGGGUAUAACGAAUGCGUCGAGUGCCGUCAAGGGCAUCUUCUCCCUCCAUGUCAUCACAGCUUGCGUUUCCUUUCUACUCUUCCUCGCUGGUCUCGCACUCUUCGCUAAGCAGAUGACCCGUGGACGGGGCCAACCACGGACGAUGAAAGUAUGGCAGUCCACCGGCAAGAGACACAGUGCCACCAGCACCCACCUCUUCGUCCUAACCGGCCUCUUCUGUCUCAGCCUCGCCUACGCCGCACAAUCCGCAACCGUAGCCCUUCAAUCCCGCCCCUCCACCUCCCCCUCCUACAUCACCUCCGCCUACGCCUACCCGCACUACCCAGGCACCCCAACCACCGUGCCAGACACGCGCUACACGCGCGCCAUCUCCAUCCUUUCCUUCCUCUACCAACUCGCCACCAUCCUCCUCAACGCCAGCAUCAUCGGCGCAAUCUGGAUCUACGCCAACCACGUCCACAGCAACGCCUCGCAGCUGCGCGAACCAGGCUUCGCGAGCAUGCUGCUGAAUGGCUUUUGGCUGCUGGCGAUUUUGGCAUUGGGGCUCGCGAGUUGGUCGUUGGGGUUGUGGCGGAGGGGCAGUGGGAAGGCUGCGUUGCCGUAUCCUACGCUCAUCGGGGCCGAUUAUGUGGUUCGCACGUUGUAUGUUACGUACGUGUCUGUUGUCAUUGCUGCGUCGACGAGUGUGACGCUUGAGGCGAUUUUGUGCUGGGUGGGGAUUAGGAAGCAUGGGGUUCCUGGUAAUAAGUUUCAAUCACCACUUACGCGGGUUGUGAUGCUUGUUACGCCGUUGGUUUGGUUCCGCAAUGCUUUUUCUAUUGCUCAACUUAUUAUUCUCUAUCGCGACUCGCGGAGAUGGUCGCGUCGCACUAUGGAGGCGCUGGCUUUCCUCUUUAUUAUCUUCGGUCAGCUCUGCGAUCUCGCUAUCCUUGCCCUACUCCUACUCGGUGCAAAGAGCUUUGGACGCAAAGAUGAGGUGCAGUAUGUGGGUAAGGAGGUGAGGUACAGUGAGAGUGUUGCGGGAAAUAGGGAUAGUGUCAUGGCGGAUAGACAUUACAUUUCUAACAAUGUAAACGGAACUCCGACUGGUGAGGGUAGGUCGACGUUUGUGGAUUCCAACGGGGUUGAGAGGAGGGAGCCGGCGUAUGUGCCGCAUGUUAGUGUUUAA